AUGGGUAAAAGUAGUAAAGAUAAGCGAGAUUUAUACUAUAGGAAGGCAAAAGAGCAAGGAUUUCGGGCAAGAUCAGCGUUUAAAUUGUUACAGCUAGAUGAUGACUUCAAUUUCUUGGAGGAUGCCGUGCGUGUGGUAGACUUAUGUGCUGCACCUGGAUCAUGGUCACAAGUAUUGAGUAGAAGGUUGUUUGUUGAAGGUCGUGACAACAGUGAUAGGAAGAUAGUUGCUGUUGAUUUGCAGCCAAUGUCGCCAAUAGAUAAUGUGAUAACGUUGCAGGCAGACAUUACACACCCCAGGACGCUCCAGACUAUCACAGACUUGUUUGAGGGCGAGAAGGCAGACUUUAUAUGUAGUGAUGGUGCACCGGAUGUGACAGGGUUACAUGAUUUGGACGAAUAUGUUCAACAACAGCUAAUAUUAAGCGCUUUGCAAUUAUCUACAUGCUUGCUUCGGAAAGGCGGUAACUUCGUAGCAAAAAUUUUUCGUGGUCGUGAUAUCGACAUGCUUUACUCACAGUUAGGGUAUCUUUUUGACAAAGUGGUUUGUGCGAAACCACGUUCUUCUAGAGGAACGUCGCUCGAGUCCUUUAUAGUUUGUCUUGGUUACAAUCCACCUGUUGGUUGGGAACCCAAGCUAGACAUUAAUGUGUCUGUAGAAGACUUCUUUCAAGGUUGUGAUAUUGGGAAGUUGAGCUUGGAUGACGAGGGCGGAAAACUUCUGGAUUAUCGCGAAGAACCAAGAUCAAUAGCUAAAUUUAUUGCAUGUGGUGGACUCUCGUCAUUUGAUAGCGACGCGACCUACCACGUUGACCCCAGCAGUUCUGCGUUGGACCCCGUACAGGCUCCAACAAAUCCACCAUAUAAGAAGGCUCUUGAACUAAAACGGAAGGGCAAAAUGAGCCGUGCAAUAUAA